CCCGUCAGGGGGCAGCCGGAAGCAGUGGCAUGAAGACAUUACUCAGGAUCUCCGAAACCACCUUGUUCAUAAAUUAGUCCAAGCCAUAUUUCCCACUCCUGACCCUGCAGCACUGAAGGAUCGGCGUAUGGAGAAUCUGGUGGCGUAUGCUCGGAAAGUGGAAGGAGAUAUGUAUGAAUCGGCAAACAGCAGGGCAGAGUACUAUCACCUGCUAGCAGAGAAGAUCUAUAAGAUUCAGAAGGAGUUGGAGGAGAAACGAAGAACCAGACUGCAGAAGCAAAACAUGAUCCCAAAUGCUCCGGGCAUGCCACAGGCUCCCAUGAAUCAAGGGCCCAACAUGGGACAGCCCCAGCCAGGAAUGUCUGCAACGCUGGAGGAUUGUUUGGAAAACCUGAACCUGGAGGACCCCUGACGCCAUGGAAGUUUGCUGAUCAGGUUGCUCACAGUAGGCUUUGCAAGCUCCCCGCCACUGUCCCUCUGUAAUUAGGCUGUGACCCCAGUCGCUACCUAGGAUUCUCAGCGUGGUUCACAAUGAUGGCGACACUCCAUUGUGUUUAGAGCAACAGGCUGGAGCCUCAUUUUAGCACUUUUGGAUUGUCUGGAAGAACAAUCCAUGUGUAUCUGUAAUGUAGGUAAGCCUUUGGAAUAAACCUCUUCCAUGCU